ACAGAACUCGCAGCGCAACCAUAACCGUGAUUUACAAACAAAGCCUUCCGCUGCAAACGCUGCUCUUGGCUACGUAACGGGAUUGGGUUUGAGCUUCUUGUUUCACCUCUGGUGCAGUUAACAUAGCAGUAACUGUGGCCAAGGCGUACGGGGUCAGGAUGACUUGGGGCCAUUGCUGUCAGGGGCGCUGAUGUAUCACCGUGGCAGAUAAUUCCUUGUGUGCACAUGCUUCUGUUGGUGACAUGGCCCAGAAGCUCACAUCCCCGCUUCAAGCCUGUUCUGUCUAUUGGAGGUUUUGCCCAGCUUGCCAGGUAUGUGGGGACAGAUGGGAAGGGUGUUUGUUUGCUGUUGUUUGACUUGGGGGAGAGAAGUUGUUGGGGCAACGCCUGGUCCAAGUUUCAUACGUGUUGCAAAGUCUCCUUGGAAGCAGCGGCUAGUGAUGUUGGACAUCCAGAUUAGAAACGCCAGCAGGACAAUCAGUGUUAUUUCUGCCUUAAUAUGAUGUGUUUAAAUUAUACAUGCAAAUGAAGUAGCUUGGAAGGAGCCACUCAUCCAGACAGGCUCCGGCAUAGCAGAGCGUGCAGGGAGCUGGCAGGUAGAGGCUUCUGGGCACCGCUCCCCAUUCGACUCGGUGGGUCUCUAGCUCUGCCAGGAUCCCUCUGUGUGUUUUUCCAAUGCCUCUUUCUGGCUUCAUUCAGGGUUCUUGCACUGACACCUUGAUGGAGUGGAGCAGCAGCUCCAUCAGACACAGCCCUAUGUGGGCUUCAGCACAGUUUUAACUCAUCAUACGUAUCGUCCUGGUGAAAUUGAAGAGCGAUACGCUCAAGCAAGCUUGCAUGCAGGGAUGUUAAGCUAAGGGCUGCCUUCCAUAAGCUUCCCAGGUUGUGAACUGUGCAUCUUCUGUGCUUGCAUAUUGCUUGGAACAGAUGCCAUGUCAUGGCUGGGUUUGGAAUGGAGGAGCUGACCUCACUUGGGACCAAUGUAUACAGAGAAGGAGCAAUGCUACUUCUCUGGAGUUCUGUGAAGGAUUUCAAGCAGAAUUAACUUUUCUAAGUCACUGAAAUAUUUUUCAGACCAUGACCCCAAUCAGCGGAUCGUGCCUGGAGGAUCCAUCUCUACAGUGAUACAUGUGACGUAGGUGAUCGGUUGGUGUGACUGUACCAAAGACCCAGUGAUCUGUAUUUCUGCGCACAGCAUUGACUUCAGAGUCUGGCCAAGGGCUCUGGCCUUUUAUUGGUCUUAUAUUCUGUAUACCUGUAUUUACUUGUCAGCCAGUCCCACAGCCCUUCCUUGCAUCAAGCAGCAGUUACUUGGGCAAGUAAUUUCCCUGGCUUGAGUGUGGCUCUUGAGCUGAGUAAAUGAUGUACGCUCUGAAGAAAAGAUGGUGGAUGUGGGGCAUGAGUGCUCUGUGCUUUGGUGCGGAACGUGGACAGUGCAUUCCCAGAGCCUGAGAUCCGGCAUGCCUUAAAUUCUGUCCUGUUCUUAGGCUUUGCCUCUGUCUGGUGAGUGGGCUGGGGGGUGGAUUUUCCUCUCAUUCAGAGCAUGCAGAGCUUCUGGAGAAAUUCCGCAGCUGUUUUGGGUCAGCCCAGAGCUGUCUGCUUGGUGUGCUGCUCCUGUUUUCUCCACAAAUAGCUUUGCUGCUUCUGAACAGAGAAGCCAGUUCUCAGGACUGAUAUGGCUCUGGCCUGUCCAGCUGCAAGAGGUGUCAUAGGCAGCCCUCCAAGCUUCCCAGAGUCUCCUGAUCUAGUGAGGCCUUUACUCCUCUCCAAGCAGCUGCUUUUCUGCCCACAGCAGUGUUAUGCAUCCUAUAGGCACUGGCUUGGUGUGGCUUGGUGCAGCUCACCAGCGUGGGGACCGUGAUGUGUCUUGCUGCCUGAUCUGGUUGUCCCAGGUGAGGAGCUGAGGUCUGGGAUGGGACUACCUCCCUGGCAGGAAUCCUAGUGAGCGAGGAGCCCCAGCAGCUUCUACGCUCAUCCUUGGGUAACAGUCCUCCAGCUUGCACCAGUGGCUGGCAGUCCUGAGGGUCGUUGAUCUCCCACUUGUUACGAUUAGAGGCUGGACAGGUGGGAAAUCCUCGAAGCAGUGCUGUCUUUGGCAGGGGAGAGAUGAGGUUUGGCCACUCUCAGUUCUGCCCUUGUAGUGGUCAAACACCAGGGCCUGUGCAGGCCUGGCCGUGCCAUGGAGUGUGUGUGCUCCCCAUAGCAGGAGUUGGUGUGAAGUAGUGCAGUAGGAGGGCAGGAGGGUAGAAGACAUGUACUUCAAGCAGGCAGGGCCUGCAAAUUGCAUUUCCUCUCAGCAUGGCUGCCCUUUGGUUCAUAAAGCAAGAGCUGCUUGAGGCCUGGGAGGGACAGCAGGCUGGCGGCCACAGAUGGGAGCCUGCUGUGUGACCUCCAGGGCUCCUUGGGCCGAGUGGAAUGAGCGGGGAGGACUUUGGCAGAGGCGUGCAAUAGCAUUGCAGUUAUCUGGGUGCUUGCAGGCGUCACCUCUGUUGAGUUCAGUAGUGAUUCGAUUGUCCUGGAGACAACACUCAGUGCCGUGUAUUUCUCCCAGAAUAGCUUCAGUGAAUGAAUACAGUCUUAAUUCCCUUGCAGCCCCCUCCUGCUGACAGUGUGGCCUGUUACGUACCCAUUGUCAGAGUGGCCCUUCAGAGACUUCCAGCAUCCGCCUUUGAUGUCAGAACCGUAAGCAUCACCUUAGAGGACUAAGCUGGAUCUCCAACAGCCUUCCAGACAGUGUGCCCUGCCACUAAGAUUAGAAUCAGCUGUCAAAGUGAGGUGGAGGGAGAAGCUUUAUAGCUGGAACCCCAUUGUGGGUUACAGAGGGCGCAAGAGCACCAGACUGCAGGAGGGCUGCAGGUCCUUCUGUCCUUCCCCCAACGCAGCAGUGGCUAGUGAGGUGACACAGCAAACACCUGUGACAGAUAACAGCAAGCCCUGGGGCUCGCAGCAGAUGUGUGCAGGUCCUUCCUCUGAGAGUACUGGCCUCAGAGUUUCUGUGUGAGAAGCCCUGGGACAGGAGCCCUGGGUGAAGCACUGCUGCUGCUGCAUCCCUGCCUGCUUGUGUUAACCAGCACUGGAUGUUUCGAGUUAGCUGUACAUGCUUAGUGAUGCUGCUUUCUGUGUUAGGUUUUAUGCCAAGAGCUGGGGAGGGAUGCUGAGGGCUCUGUCUGAAUAUGGGGAGCUGGUAGUUCCAGGUUACCCAGGCUCCGAGGGUAAGGAAGGACGGCAGCGAAGCUUGCUUUGUUAGGAACAGCAGCAUGCAAAGCUUGCGACAGUUGCUGGCAGCACCUGCUAGACAAGGCAAAAAUACUAGAAAGAAAGGAGGGAGCGUUUAUGGGAGCAUGCAAAGACAAACAGAGGUUUUUUAAAAGCACAGAGCCUAUACAGUGAGUGUGCCAUCAGACACGCUGCCUCUCGUCAGCUAACAUCAUCCGCAAAUAAAGCGAGUCAGGUUGUUGCUAUUGCAGCUGCUUUCCCUCAUGAAGCAGGGUGAGCCAGACUCGUCCAACUCGGAGCGAUGUGUUGGCAAGCAGCCUGAAGUCCGAGGUGCACAGGGUAAUUUACUUAAAAAACAACGCAACAAAACCACACAUAAAAACAAACCAGCAACAAACAGCAUAAGGCUUCUCGUCCAGGAUGAGCACGUACAACCAUAAUGUUUGCUUGCAGCUGUGUUUUCUAUGACACGCUCUUAGAAGUUGCUCUUUGGCUGCGUUCGCCAGCAAACACAGCCUAGAGGUGAUCGGCUUCUUCCCUGACCUGCAGUUAACAGCGGUGCUGUAGGGCUGGAGGUUUCCCUGCGCUUCCCCCAGCCUUCUUGAGAAGAAGCAGCUGAAGGUGGCUGUGGGGCACUGUGGCCAGACCCCCACCGUGCCAGGCACCAUGGAGACGCUGUCCCAGGACUCCCUGCUGGAGUGCCAGAUUUGCUUCAACUACUACAGCCCGCGCCGGCGGCCCAAGCUGCUGGACUGCAAGCAUACGUGCUGCUCGGUGUGCCUGCAGCAGAUGAGGACCAGCCAGAAGGACCUGCGGUGUCCCUGGUGCCGUGGCAUCACCAAGCUGCCGCCGGGCUACUCCGUGUCACAGCUGCCCGAUGACCCCGAGGUGAUCGCCGUCAUCGCCAUCCCCCACACCUCUGAGCACACCCCCGUCUUCAUCAAACUCCCCAGCAACGGGUGCUACAUGCUGCCCUUGCCCCUCUCCAAGGAGAGGGCCAUGCUGCCGGGAGACAUCGGCUGCCGCCUCCUGCCCGGCAGCCAGCAGAAGUCCCUGGCGGUGGUGACGAUCCCAGCCGAGCAGCAGCCGCUGCAGGGCGGCCUUCCUGCCGAGGCGGGUGCGGAGGAGCCUGACCGCAGAGGCGUGGUGAAGAGCUCCACCUGGUCGGGGGUUUGCACUGUGAUCCUGGUGGCCUGCGUCUUGGUCUUUCUCCUGGGCAUCGUCCUCCACAACAUGUCGUGCAUUUCCAAGCGCUUCACGGUGAUCUCAUGCGGCUGAGGGGUGAGGGGCUGCCCCAGGGUUGCUCACCCAGGGGUUGGGUUGGUGGUGGUGAUGGUGGUGGUGGUAUCGAGUGAGACAAUUCACUGCAACUUUGGCCGAUGACUGCAGAACGCUUUGUUCCCAGACGGUGGUGCGCCGGCCCGGCCACAGCCCUCGGCAGCCAGUGGAGAAACCUAUGUCUCCUGUCUGAUGGUAACGGCAAUGAGGAGGACUGCAUGCGUCACCAUAAUCAUUUAUCAAAGGGACUGUAAUUUAUGGCAGUUUUUGUUGUGUUAUGAGAUUAAAAGACAUCUGUGUAGCUGGUUGUACUGUAAAGUAUGCGGUAUGAGCUCUUCUCUAACUACGGUAGCUCAAAAUCAGAACUGCUCCAUGUAGAAUUGAAGGAGAACUGGCCCGUGACUCAGUGAAAAGUGUUCAAUACCAACCCACACGUGUUAUUUUUUAAUUGGGGGGGGAGGGGGAGACUUGUACAAAUCAUUUAGUUGGUAAGACAUUUUGUAUGUUUUAAACUGCACAUUAAUUAAGUUAGGAGGUUGUACAAUAGUUUUUAAAAGGAAACGUUUUACAAGCAAUCGUUUGGUUCUGUGGUGUGUGGUUUUUUGCCUCCAUGUCUGAUUUUCCCCACUGUUUUUGGCUAUGGGGAAGUGACGCUUCCAGAAUCUUCCGUUUGAAGGAGGUUCUGAGCAGGGAAGCAAAGUGAGCCUAGGAGGAAUAUUUAACAGUGCAGCCAAACGUUUCUGCCUAACCUGCUUCACAUGAAGAAUGGCUCUGAAUGGUGAACAUUAGUCAUACUGUUUUACCUCUGAUCUGGCAACAGGCCUUCCUGCAGACCUGGCCUUCAUGGCCAUUAGUGAAGAAGUGGGUCAUGAGAAGUCCUAGGACUCCUUCCUGCAAGGACGUGACAGCAAACUGUUCUUCCUUUUCUCUUUCUAGAGGUUGGGUUUUAAUUUUUUUUAGAGAAAUGUACACCUAUUUUGCCUCCCUGUCUCACAGGAGAUACAGCUGCACACCCAUGGGUGGUGUGAAAAAGAAGUUGCUGCAAGGAAGCCUCACCAUGCCAACAGACCAUGGACCCUUCUGUGCAAUCUUUACGCUUUUGUGUAAGAGGCAGUGACAGAGCUGGAAGAAGAACACAGGUCAGCCGAACCCUCUUCUGGGUUGUGCUGUCCCUCAUAAAUCACUGUGGCUGUCCUGGUGUCAAAAUGCGUAGGUGAGCAUAAUGCAGACCUUUUGCCACAUUUCAUAUGAAUGUUGGUCUUCGUUACGAUGGAUAUGAAGAAAAAGCACAGGAAAUAUCCCUGCCCACCUAUGAAUGUCCUAAUCGCCCACUUAUUUGCAGUUCUCUACUCAGAAUGAGCCAAAUUCCUGAACCUGCAUUUCAGCAGCGCCUUGCUUCGCUAGAUUCACUUAGUAUUGUUUGUAGCUUAAAGAGCUCUGUGUGAAUUGGUAAGUGUGAAUGCUGACAUCUGUGAGAUUUAAGGAUCGGACUGAGAGGCACAUAGCAGGCCUUUACUAAGACAGAAAAUACUGUUGAUUAGCACUGGUUCUUUUUGCAAGUACAAAGUAUGAGCAGUUGCCUAUGUGUUAUCUCCCUGAAGAGUGACUUGUCCACCCAGUGCUCUCUGUAGUAGUUAAUUAGAGAUUACUCAAGGUUAUAUUAUAAUGACAGAGAACAUAAUUUUGACUGUACAGUGCCCAGGUUGGCCUUGUAGAUGCUGGUGGUUUUCUGAUUAUAAUUCUGGUUCACAGUAAACACUCUCAACUAGAACUUGUCAAGAACAUACCUCCGACUUAGUGCUGGAUUUCUUCCCCUCCUCGAUCCCACACCACCAUUUUCUUCCUUACUUUCUGUUAACUGCAGGAUAGCAUAAACAUAUGGUGCUUAAUUGUUAAGGUGUAUGUAUGGUCACGUUUGGAGAGGAACUGUCAUAUGUAUUCAUAGCACAGAAAAAACAACAACAUUAUCCUCAGAUAACAAAUUCAAUGCCUUUUUUUGUGCAAGGCAGUGUGCAGUAUGCCUUGAACUUAGUAGAAUUGUAAUGCAUCGACAUCUCUCAGCAGCACACUUGAUUUGGUUGCAGUAGGGAACGACAGGAAUUCCAGAAUGUGUCUGUGAACGUGUUAGUCUCUUGUUCCCAGUAGGCAGCCAGGUUUCUGGUGGCAUCCACACUACGCUGCUUAUUAUGUAAAGAAAAGCCAGUUCACCAAAAACUCUUGCCUUUAUGGACUCUUAAGUAAGUGACCACGUACAGGAUUCAGCCCUCUACUGCCUUAUCCCCUGUAGCAAUUCGUGCUUAUACCAGGACUACAUAGCAUAGCUGGAAGAUGCUCCGAGAACAGCGCAGAAGCAUUUUGCAUCAACUUCUGCAUAUCCGAGUUUUUGAUGACUGCAUAAAGACAUGAAGCAGUCAGAGAGCAGGCCCAGGAGAUAACGGCGUUAACCCUAACCUUGUGCUGGCCGUACCUGCCCCACUGGAGCUCUUGAGGCCGAGAUUUCUCUGCAUCGUAGAGAAGUUGUCUUGAAAACUGCCCCUCUUCAUCCCCACAUGGAGAGUGCAGUAUGAAGGAGCAACCAGAAAUUAGGUUAAAACACCACACUGUGUAACACAUUAUACAACAGGCAGAAGUGGAGUUCAUCUGGUGUUAAUGACGUACUGUAUUAGCAGAAUACCAUCCUGUGUUACGUAAUGCAGUGCAUUGUUUUGUUAAUAUGAAUUUCCUGUACUUAUAUGCCUGCUGAAAUGCAUGUUUGACCUAAUUUCUGAUCCAGCCAUUUACCUGCUUACAGCCUCGUGUAAGAGCAAUAAGGAAAACCUCAAGAUUUCUGUUGGCGUGUGCGGUGUGUACAUUAAUUCCUUCUUUUUAACAGAAAUUCAGGAGCUGUUUUUGUUCUGGCUUUAGACUGUGACUCUCAUUUCAAAUUUGCAGCCGCCGCAUCGUGUCGGAUCACCUCACGGAUCUGCUGACUUACACAGAAGAGAACUGAGUAGUUUGUUGUCAUGUGCGGUGUUAAUAACGUUCCUCCAGUAUGUCAAUAGUCACCCUGCGUUCCACGGUCCAAUUCCUGGCACUGAUAGGUGAUACUGCUCUAAACAGGGUUUGGAUCAGUUUUGUUCUUUUUUUUGUUUUUUUAAAAAAGCAUCCUUGUCUUUGUGUGUUUUCUCUGUGGAGACGUUUGGACUUGCGUGAAAAUCACUGAGUUCUGGGCUAAUUUUUGUUGCCUGCUGUCCGGUGAGAAGUCAAAAGUCACUGCUGAGUUCCACCAAACAAAAAAGAGACUUAGCUGUGUCGCCAGUGCUGUCUGAGCAGCCAAAAAUUAGACUGAAAGUGGUUGUGGGAAAUUACAAACGCACCUGCAUUUUUAGAGCAAAUUACUCCUUGAAUGUGUAUUUAAUGGCUUGUUUAAUGGGAAGGACGUGUGCAUUGGGAUCCAGCUUCUUUGUUAUCCCUGAAGGCCCCGACUUCCAUUUUUGGCUUGUGCUUUCCUGGCAAACAGACUUUAGGAUUCACUCUGUGAAAUGUGGUUCAGUGAAUUUUAAAAAUUCAAAAUAUGCAAUUUUGGUAUGCGGGAUUUCUUUUAGGAAACGGUGUUCAGUAAUUCUUCAUGCUUAACCACGAUGUAAAGGAGCCUGAAUGUUUUGUGAACAUGGAGCAAUCGUUGAGUCCAAAGUUUCAUCUUUAUUAAUGAAGCUCGGUCUGAAUAAAACAUUAGCAGGAAAAGAAUGAUAUCAAAUGAAUUAUGGUACCUCUGUUACUUUGCUAUCAAAUGAAGAGCGUGGAUGGGAAUUUGGCAGAGUUGCUGGUUUUUUUAUGAGGGGUUGGCUGAAAUUCGAUUCUUGGCGUUUUAAGGCAAAGCGUUAAGUGUGGGUUGUAGUAAAUGAUAAAAGGAUUUUCACAUUUAAUUGCCAUGGAAUAUGAAAUUAGAGCUGAAGACUACUAAGCCUAUGCGGCAGAUUUUUCUGUCUGCUUAAUCAGAUGAUUUAAAAGUUUUAAGUACGCUUUGUGCUCACGGAAGUGAGGGGCUGUUGGCCUUGACUUGACAUGCGUUGCACCAAUGGCCUGGCUCUGCCCUCCCAGUAGUCAUAAUGCCAUGAGCCCUGGGCUGCCUUUCUCAUACAUCUUCUGGAACAAGGAUGGCUGGCUUUGGACUGGUUUCGGUACGUUCAUAAUGGGGCUAAAAUGAAAGAAAAGAAUGAAUACCCAAUUUCCUUAUCCUAGUUGCGCAUAAAGCGUGGCUUCAGAGUCAUCUUUUUCCAGACUUAGAUUUCUGUGUUUGGAUGAGGGGCAAAGCAGGGAUGGAGGGAAGAAGAGAUUGCAUGGGAGCAGCUGAGUUCCGGUGUCAUCCAGGAGACUGCUGAAGUAUCAGCUGGCCCUGGAGGCAACGUUUUUGUGCAAGAGCUUCAGCAGGGUGAGAUGGCCUGGCAGUGCUGCAGUGGAUUCACAGCAUGUUUUAGUGACCUUUCCCAUGCUGUAUGCUGUCCGUGGGCCUGACAGCUGGGGCUGUUCUGUUCUUUCUCUUUGUCACUUUGCCUCUUGCAUGCUCGUGUCAACAAACAAAGCUGCUUGCUUCAUCCUUAAGUCGAAUGAUUUUGCACAUGUUUCUGAAGUUGCCUUGGGCAUCUUUAAUGAAAAAAGUUACCUUUGAAGUUCAGUGAAAUUUAAGGCUUAAUAAAUGUGUUCCUUUUUUUUUCAAGUGUUUUCUUAUGCUUCAAUACAUUUCUCAUUUUAGCUCCAAGUAAAUCCUAUAAUUUUUGUGCUAACAAGUUCCUGUAUGUCUAAAGCAAUUCACAGAGACUAGGUAAGAUCCACAGCCAGAAAAAAUACUUCCUAUCCUUCCCACAGUCCCCUUCAGAUCCCUCCUGUUUUCCCCCUCCUCAUUUGUACCAUCCUGAGGCACCUAAUCAUGGUAGUGAGAUUGGGACUUGCAGGAAUGCAGUGAGCCCCUGCAAGUAUGAGCAUGGAGACGUGUUGCCAUGCUCAGGGGAGGAGGGUAAGCACACAGCACAUGCUCUUGUGUAAUAGAGGCCAAGAGGAUUAGAAAAAGGGCUCCGGGCACUUACAGCUCUGGAAGGUCAUGUACUUUAUGGUGCUGAGAUAGAUAGCAUGAUAGCACAAAAGCCAGGUAUUGCUGCCUGGUUUUUGCAUGAGUUGAGUGCAGCUCCCUUUGAACUGCCUUGUGCAGACAGAAACCUUGUGCUGCUGCAUAGGACCAGCUGCUCCAGAGGCAACACCUUGUAUGGGGCUCCCGUGAGGAGCCACAUCAUUGCUUUGUGCCUCCAAGCUGGGGUGUCACAGAACAGCUAGAUGCCUGGGUUUUUACUCCAGUGUGGGUUAUAAAUUCAAUUGAAGUUCAUUUGUAACACCUUCGUAAAGCGUUCCUGAAAGCUUGAAGGCAACACAAGAGGCUUCACCUCAUCAGGCUCAAGGGCAGGAAGAAAGGGCACAGAAGGAGGAGGGAAAUGAUCAGUCAAUUAGGCAGUCGCCUACAAAUAUCUGCAUGUAUGAAACCAACUAUUGGGCUUGUUUAGUAGUGGACCGUGUGUGUCAUUUCUGUCCAAUGAUAUACUAAGAACACCUUGGCUGUGAAACUCUGAGUUGCUUUUUUUGUUCAAUACCGUGGAGAUGGAAAGCUGCCUAUUUCAGUAGUGUAGUUUUCCACGUAACUGAGAAGCUUGAUGAGCAAGCAGGAGUACUUCAGGGUGCCGAUGCAUUGCUGAAGCUCAGGACUCAGGUACAAGCUAAACUGAAGUUCAGCAGGAAGAAGCUGGGGUAAAAAAAGAAGCAAAUUAGUGAAUGUUCAGUGUGUGGGGAUCUGUUGGAAAACAAAAGCUUGUUUUGUUUACAUGUGUGUUGGCUGAUCUUAAGAAAAACAGGUGGCCAUCUCCCAGGGUAAAUCAUGAGGUUGGUAACAAAAGUUGUAAAUUCCAAACAGCUAAGGAUAGGAUUUAUUGAACCUCUUAGGCCCGAGAGGGUGUAAACAAAAGAAGCAGCUAUUUUGUGCUGCUGCUGUACUCAGCUUACAAGGUGUAGAACAGGAGGAUCAGAUGAGCAGUGUGUGACCUUCUGCUUUGGUUCUUGGGAUGGAGUAAGUACAUGAAUUGAGAAACUUGACCUUCGUGCUCAAGGUUACUGGUUCACCCAUCUUGAGAAUGGCAAAAGGAUGUGCGUGUGCUGUCACUGUGCUGAUUGGUUUUGGAAGCAAUGCCCCAUAGGCCCCUGCGUGCACUGCCUAGACCUGAAACACUGGGGUUUGUGCGUGCUUAAGAGGGUAAGAAUGUGCCUCAAGGUCUGAAAACAAAACAAAACAAAAAAAUCCAUACCCUGCAAGGUGCUUCAGCACUGUAAAAAGCAUGUGCUGUUGAUUUGGGAGCUUUAGGUUAGAUGUUGGGAGGAAGUUUUUCACACAGAGGGUGGUGACGCACUGGAUCAGGUUGCCCAGGGAGGUUGUGGAUGCCCCAUCCCUGCAGGCAUUCAAGGCCAGGCUGGAUGUGGCUCUGGGCAGCCUGGUCUGGUGGUUGGUGACCCUACACAUAGCAGGGGGGUUGAAACUGAAUGAUCAUCGUGGUCCUUUUCAACCCGGGCCAUUCUAGGGUUCUGUGAUCUUACACUACUUUCAAAGCAGCCCAUCAUGUGCCAUACACACGUGGCUGAGUGCGAGAAUGAAAGGAAGCUCAGUCUCCAGGCACGGCCAAUUUACUCACUGAAAUGCAAAUGAAUAAUUUCUUGCUUAAAUUAUUUGAAAUAACGGUCACAGAUGUUUCUCAAAUAUUUGCUUAAGAAAUUUACUGAAAUACUUGGGACAUGAUUCAGGUUAAUAUACCGAGCAAGAACUAAAGCAUUAAAUGUAUGGAAGGUGAAGGGAUCUGGCCAUACACUGAAUGCUUUCUGGAAGAGAGGUGGACUUUAAGUGGUUUGGAAACAUAUUGGGUAGCAGAGGCUCUGUACUCCCGCAAGGCAGCCGUUUUCAGGCGUUUGAAUGUAGAAACCUGUAUUUCUGUAACUCUUAUUAUUAAUUGCCAGUUGUACCUGGCUGGCAAUUCUUAACUCAUAGAAGGAAAUAAAGCAUGCAGUCCCAGUCCAUGGCAGGAGCCAUCCUAAGAAUGUGGAGUGACUACGAUUUAAGGAACUUUGGAAACAUAAAUUGAAUUCGAAUAGCGUUUCUCCUGCUGUUUUGAAAUGCUGAGGGAUUUGCUAAGUCUGCAGGUUGAUACAACGGAAUCCCUGCUUAAUGACUGUGUUUGCUAAACUGGCUAGCUGCAGCGGCUACAUGUGCCGUGUUUUCUUUUCCUUUCUGAUCUCAUCUGGUUUAGAGAAGACAAGGUUUGGACAGUUGUAGCUGGAUUGAACAGCGUGAUAAGAGUUGUAAAAUGUUACCAGCAAGGAGCGUAGCUUUGUGAUAAACAAAGCACUGCAACAACACUGAACGUCUCUCGGCAGCCAUCCAGGCACAAGAAGCAUGAAGCAGCUCCAGCAAACCCCAGGGAUCGAGAGAAAUGUUGUUGAGGAUUAGUGGAUAAACGAGGGUGGUUUUUAAUACCCUGGAUGCUGCCUGUGUUUGUUAUUGCUGAUGCCUGACAUCUUUGGGUUUGAGUUCUUCCUUUAGUCCUUUGUAACAAGCAGCCUAGAAAGCACUUUGUACUGCUUCCUUGCGAGACUGCUGUCUCCUGUUUCUUUUUCUUCUGCCCGUACCUGAGACUUCCAUGGCAUUUUCAGUGAUGAAAACGAUAACAAGUCUCCACACAAAUAGGAACAUCUCUGGGGCUUUGUACAGAGUAAUGUAAUACAUUCGUCAUACCCCUUUAGUGUACUGCCAUCAUCGUCAGUGCUCUGUAACUAUAACCCUAGUAUUUCUGGGGGGGAAAAGAAGUAACAGCAAAAUAAGGAGUUAAACAAAUCAGAGACUGGGAACUAUUUGCACUACCAGAUUUUACAAAUAAGGUUCCUCAUUAUCAGCUCUUCUUGUGGUAGCUCUACUGCAUCGGUGACAUCAAUUCUCUGAUUCUGCUUUGUUUGGUGGGGGGAGGGGGACAAGGAAGAAGAAAACCCAUAUUCAUGGCUUGGAUUAGGUCUGCUGAGUUUCCAAAUGUGUGUUUGUGCUUCCGUUUUGUAAUAUCUCAUAAACCUCCUCACAGAUGAAAACUGCAGUGGCACCAAAAUCUCAGUGAAACGUCACGUGCUGCCUAUUAAAUUUGAAAUGCUGGCUGAAAUGUGCAAAGCCCGGACUUCCUGGGUUUUGAGCACUGAGAGCACUGGAUGUGGAAUUAGCUUUGGCUGUCGGUUCUCAGAGAUCAAACUUGAGUCUCAUACCUCAUUUAAAGCCGUUAGUGGACCCGGCCUGCGAGGUUCUUUGUCAUAUGUCCUAUAUGCAGUGUCAGUCCUCGUUUUAUAGAUGUACAGCAAGCAGCCUUUCAUAAGGAGAUAUUGACCAAUUUUGAGGGCGAAUUAUCCUCCUCCUGAAGAGACUUUGAAAUCCUUGAUGGGGUCAGUGACCUGAUUUUUGCAAGAAGAAGAUGAGAGUUUGGUUAUAUCACUUCUGUGUGGACCAUAGCCGCGUUUGCUUGCAUGGCCCAAGGAGAGGGGUGUCCUGGGGCAGGUGUUGAACAGCCUGGAACACGGCUGUCACCUGCCACAAACCUCUGCUGGAACAACAGCUCAGUAGGAACACAGUGGGAACAUUCUGCUUGCUGAAAGAGAGUUGUUGAGCACAUCUCAGGUUAGAGCUUGGAACUCACGGUUGUUUUGCAACAGCUAGGAUUCUAAUACUUGAAAGAAAUGUCAAAACCUUUCUGUAAGGAUCCUUCAGCUAAAUUGUCACAAAUGUAGAGGUCUCUCAGCCACCUCCUAUCCUGUGAACUGAAGAACCUGUCCUUUCAUUCAGUUUCAGGUAAGAGAUUACCAAAAUGGGCUGCUGGUUGCAGGGUUCUAGGCUGAGAUCUGGCGUGCUGCUCAGAUUCUCUUGUGGUAGGCUCUAAAAAGUGUUUCUCAUCCUUCUACCUCCAGCCUCAUUUUGCUUAUAAUUGCUUUAGGAAAAAAAAAAAAACAAAACAAAAACAGGAACUAAGAAAAACAAAAGGAGUAAAACUGUUCUUAAUUCAGGCCUCAUUUGUACCAUCUGUUCUAGAUGUAUUUAAGAAAGAGGAGGUGCCCCUGCAUUUCAGCUGUGCUCUGAAUGAAUCCCAGUAGGCUUCCUGUUCUGGAGCCUACAGCUUGCUCAGCAGAAGAUGUUUCAGGAGAAAACUAUUUGUAAGUCCUGGGAGUAAGCAGAUGAGGUCCAUGGCUGCUGGAAAACACAGAGGGAGCGUUGCAUGCAGGAGCAUCUCCCUGCUGUAGAUCUAGGCAAUGAUUCCUGUGGUCUGGGACCAGCAGGCUGGUGUGGCAGAGGAUGGCAGUGGAGAAGGUAGGGUUGACUGUGCACAUGCACAUGUUUUCUGGGAGAGCUGCAUGUUGGCUUCGCAAUGGAUGUUUCAAGCUCCUUUCAGUUAAUACCAGUUCAGAUGACUUCAGCUGCAGCAGCCCUAAUCAUACCAAAGACGUUGAAAGUUUUCUACAUGGCCUGAGGGAACAGCAUGGAGCUGUGUCAGGGGAGGGUCAGGUUGUGCUUUAGGAAAAGCACAGGGGUAGAUGAGCCUUGGAGCAGGCGGUGGUCAUGGCACCAAGCUGCCAGAGCUCAAGAAGCAUUCGGGCAGCGCUCUCAGGGUUUGAAUUUUAGGUGGUCCAGUGUGGAGCCAGGAGUUGGACUCGAUGAUCCUUGUGAGUCCCUUCCAACUUGAGAUAUUCUGUGAUUCUAAUAAACACGUCCCACGGGGCCUGUCCUUGUGCUAGCCUUAUUGGCAAAGGUUUCUGCAUUACUAAGGGAGAGGGGAAGGAGGAGAGACGUAUUUUUAUUUGGGUGAAGGCAAAUAAACUUUGACAGGUGUUAAAACAAAAAGGCAAAGGAAAAGUACAGAAUGGUCAUAAUGUCAGCAGGAGCAUCCUGAAGUGCAGCUCUGAAGUGAGCUAGUUCUCUCCCUCAACACUGAGGAGAAGACGUAUACGUGUUCAUGCACCGAGUCCAUCAGUUAAAGCAAGAACUGAACAGAGGUUUGGUUCUGGUUUUGAGAAAGAAGGCAGGCACGUCCUGCGCUGCCUGGUUGUGACAAUGUCCUCUUCCCUACUACUCUGGGCCUCCAGGUUCAUUAAUGGUUGCACCAGAAGCCAAGAAGGUUGAGUCUAGCCUUGGGCACAGAGGUACUACACAGGUCUUCUACAACUCUACCACCAUCUCUGCUCCUUGUUUUACACUCUGUUUUAUAUGUUUGUUUGCUCUCUGUAUGCUCCUUCCCCUUAGUUCUAGCUAAGUAAGCAGGCUGGCUGUGUUUGGUGGCUGUGAACUGAAGUCCUUGAUGUAUUUCAGAGGCAAGAACGCAUAUAACAUAGUAUUAGAAGGCUUCCCCCUUCUUUUCUUGCAAAGGUCUACUAAGCCCCUACUGAUACAUAAGCUGCUGGGCUGCCUUGAUAAAACCUUGCCAAAUACUGGUUUUAUAAAGGUAAAAUCAAAGUGCUGUCAAUAACUCUGAAUGUUUGUGGAAGCAUUCUUUGCUUGCUUUGCCUGUUUUAAAACGUAUCUUAAAUGUUGCUGUAUCCAACCCAUUCCAUUGCCCUUUCUUCCCCUGUAUUUUUGUAGGUCGGUCUCUGGAGUCUUGUCCUUUGUAUAUGUGGAAGCACUGAUUUUAUGAGAACUGUUCAGACACAUUUGCUAUGAUUAAAAUUCUUUAAAAUGA